AUGGCGGAUUCCUCGCCCGCUCCGUCCCUGCGGGCAGGUGGCCCCCGUGCGCCGCGGCCCUCGGCCCCUUCGCCGCCGCCGCCGCACUCGCGUUCGGGCUCCGAGGCCGAGGAGGCCGAGCAGUCGCUGAGCCUGGCACGCACCAAGACCCGCUCGUACGGUAGCACGGCCAGCGUGCGGGCGCCGCUGGGCGCCGGCGUCAUCGAGCGCCAUGUGGAGCACCGGGUCCGCGCCGGCGACACGCUGCAGGGCAUCGCGCUCAAGUACGGAGUCUCGAUGGAACAAAUUAAAAGGGCAAAUAAACUGUUUACCAAUGAUUGUAUAUUUCUGAAGAAAACUUUGAACAUCCCAGUUAUAUCAGAGAAGCCGUUGCUGUUUAAUGGACUUAACUCAGUAGAUUCUCCAGAAAAUGAAACUGUUGAUAGUUUUUCUCAUGAAGAGGAGCUGGUAGGGUCUGGGAAAGACGUCUCUCCUCCCAGCCCUCAAGAAUUGGAUGUUCAGCCCAUGCAGCCUGAGGAAGUAUCAGCCAGAGAUUUCCUGCAAAGGCUGGACUUGCAGAUUAAAUUAUCAACACAGGCAGCCAAGAAACUGAAAGAAGAGAGCAGAGAUGAAGAAAGUCUCUAUACAGCUUCCCUUUAUCACAGUUAGAUGAUCAGGGGGCAUAAUCUAACCUGGUUAAGAGAUGACUGGAUCAUAAAGAAACCAACAACAGAUGAUUCAAAAGCAUCCUUUUGGAUUCUCAUAGAAAUGGCACCCCACUCCAGUACUCUUUCCUGGAAAAUCCCAUGGACAGAGGAGCCUGGUGGGCUGCAGUCCAUGGGGUUGCUAAGAGUUGGACAUGACUCAGCGACUUCACUUUCAGUUUUCACUUUUCACUUUCAUGCAUUGGAGAAGGAAAUGGCAAGCCACUUCAGUGUUCUUGCCUGGAGAAUCCCAGGGACAGGGGAGCCUGGUGGGCUGCUGUCUAUGGGGUUGCAUAGAGUCGGACACGACAGAAACGACUUAGCAGCAGCAGCAGCAUACAUCUUUAAAUCACAAUUAAUUAGUUCCAGCUACAGCAGUUGCAAUGAAGUCACUAGUUUCCUCAGGCUUUCUAUGAUUUUCAGUCUUUAUUAUGGCAUGAUAGCAAAACUGUGUCUUAAUGGCUCAUCACUUUUGCAGGUGGUGGUAGUUUUUAGACUAGCUUUUGUAAAUACUAGCUGACAUAAAGCCUCAAAGACUAUUUACAUAUUCAAGCUGAAACAAUGUU